AUGCCGCCCGCGUCCGCCUCCGCCUCCUCGCUCGCCCUCCCCGUCAGGUGGGCCUCCCCGUCCCCGUCCCAAGGCUCGUCCGCCAUGGACGUGGUAGCUUGCUCGCGCUUGCCCGACAACAGCAUGCGUCUCAAUCGCGCACGCUCGCUGGCCAUGGCGCGGCCGCCUGCUCGUCCGGUGGCCCCUGCUUGUGAGCCCGACGGGGUCAUGGUGCCUUCACCGCCGAGCAUCGAGGCGUGGGAGUUGCCGGGGGCCGGCGAGCCCAGCAGCGGUAGCGGCGCGGGCGCAAAGCAGUGGGGGCGUGCUCGCCCGCCUGGCAGCAGUGCAGCAGCUGCGCUCGCCGGCCAUGGCAGUGGCAGCAGCAACACGGCAGCCUCGGAGAUCAUGAAGCACGAGUACCAAGACGCCGGCGGGAGCAGCGGCGACAUGGGCUCCUCCAAGGACAAGAUGAUGGUGGCGGCGGCGGGGGCAGGGGAGCAGGAGGAGGAGGAGAUGGACGAGAUGCUGGCCGCGCUCGGGUACAAGGUGCAUUCGUCGGAUAUGGCGGACAUCGCACAGAAGCUGGAGCAGCUCGAGAUGGCCAUGGGGAUGGGCGGCAUUGGCGGCGCCGGUGCUACCGCUGAUGACGCAUCAUCUCCCACCUCACCACGGACACCAUGUGUGCUUCGUGGCUGUGUUCCGAAGAAACUGUUGGUGUAUGCAUCCAAAUACUCUCAUGAGUUUGAAGAGAGCCGUGGCUUUGGGUGGGUGUAUGAAACUGAUCCAAAGCAUGAUUGGAGAACUCUGAUAACCAACAAAAAUUUGGAGUUGCGGCGCCUUGUGGGAAUUCAGACAAAUACACUGAAGAAUUCAGGGGUUACUGUAAUUGAAGGCCGCGGAAAGAUUGUUGACCCACAUACUGUCAGCGUGGAUGGCAAGCUUUACACUGCCAAAAACAUACUUGUAGCUGUUGGCGGUCGGCCGUCCAAACCAAACAUCCCAGGGACAGAGCAUGUCAUUGAUUCUGAUGCAGCAUUGGAUUUGCCUUCCAGACCUGAGAAGAUUGCAAUAGUGGGAGGUGGAUAUAUUGCUUUGGAAUUCGCUGGUGUUUUCAAUGGCUUGAAGAGUGAUGUUCAUGUUUUCAUCCGCCAAAAGAAAGUGCUGAGAGGCUUUGAUGAGGAGGUCAGGGAUUUUGUUGCAGAACAGAUGUCUUUGAGGGGUGUCAAAUUUCAUAUAGAACAAAGCCCUGAGGCAGUAACUAAGUCAGAUGAUGGUUUGCUGUCUCUGAAGACAAACAAAGAAACUGUCAGUGGGUUCUCACAUGUCAUGUUUGCAACAGGUCGAAAGCCAAACACAAAGAAUUUGGGUCUGGAAGAUGUCGGGGUCAAAAUGGAUGAGCAUGGUGCUAUUGUGGUUGAUGAGUAUUCUCGGACUUCAGUUGACUCAAUCUGGGCUGUAGGGGAUGUCACCAAUAGAUUGAACCUGACGCCAGUUGCAUUAAUGGAAGCUGAGGCAAUAGCAAGGACCAUUUUUGGCAAUGAACCUACCAGAGCAGAUUACAGUGCCGUGCCAUCUGCUGUGUUUUCUCAACCGCCAAUUGGGCAUGUUGGCCUUACUGAAGAUGAGGCUACUGAAACAUAUGGUGAUAUUGACAUCUACAUAUCAAAUUUCAAACCUCUCAGGGUAACUCUUUCUGGUCUACCUGAUCGUGUGUUUAUGAAGGUUAUUGUGUGUGCCAAAACAAACAAAGUCCUUGGAGUGCACAUGUGUGGUGAAGAUGCACCUGAGAUUAUUCAGGGUAUUGCAAUUGCUGUUAAGGCUGGGUUGACGAAGCAAAAUUUUGAUUCCACUAUUGGUGUUCACCCAACAACUGCUGAGGAAUUUGUCACAAUGAGAAACCCAACUAGGAAGGUCCGAAGAGAUACUACUGCUGAGGCAAAGACUAAAGAAGAGGCUGCAAGUCAGAAGUAG